AUGUCAGUUUCACCAUUUCCUGAGCCUUUGGAUGCACCAAUGCACGACUUCGCUACCGAAAUUGAUGUUCCAAUGAACCCAGCAGCUGCGCAAGAAUUUUUUGUGGAGUUAUCCAUGGACCACGAUGGUCAUCACACGACUUAUAACCAGGAGGAUGUCGAGGUCGACAUGGAGACUUACUAUGAUGGCAAUGCAGAGUAUGAGAUGGCUGAUGAGACGGAGGAAUUCAACGAAAGCCAUUAUCACCAUGAGCUGCUCGACGUGGAAGUCUACGACGCUUCCGACGCUCGCUCACCUCGGCCCAUACCUGAUUCACACUCAUUAUCGUCUCUGAUAAUCAAUCCGGAGAUAUCAUUACUUCCCUCCCCUGCCCCUUUCUCGGAUCCGUUCACCCCCCAGCUAGUCACCAUUCCUGUUGAACACGACGCAUCUCUCCCAGAUCGCCUGGUGGAAAACGAUCAUCCUGUAGCUGAGGAAGCAGAAUUUAAUGCUCUGCGAGAGGAGGAAUCUCUCGCUUUAACGUUAGAGCAACUAUCGGAGUUGGAUCCCCCUCAUCUUACCACCGCUGCCGAUCAAACGGCUGUAGAGUUGAACGUACCUUCUGUGGCUUCGACGGAUCCAUAUGCCGUAGAAAAACACGCGGAUGCUCCAGUUUCUGAAACCACCAAUAGAGUUGGAUCAACUGUUCUACCUCCAGAGCCAGAACCCACGCUUCAAACACAAGUUGAGGAGCAGUCUGAGACGUUCCACCCGUACCCGUCAGACAUCCCAUCUGAUAAUAUCGCGCAGCCUCAGGGUGAAACCCAUCCGGAGAGCCUCCGCGAUGAGGCAGACAAUGCGAAUGAUCCACACGAAAUAUCUGAUGGCGUCUACAUUGACCCGCCACCCGCUGUUUUUCUGUCUAUCGGCUCCUCUGAAGUACCUGAAUACUGUUUAUUCAACCAGCCUCCAGUGGAACGUGGAUCCCGUAGCCCGUCUGCAGGAGCUAGCAACCAACAGGCGUAUGCGUUGCUCCUGGAGAAUCGGCCAACGUUGUACUAUGAGCCCCUUAGUUGUGUAUUUGAAGCACUUCGGCAGGAUGAAGUCAUUUCCAGGAUUCCUGACUCUCUCGAGGGAGAGUUAGUGAUGGAUGCGUACGAUCUUCAGCUCGCUGUGUUGGAGGACAAUGUUUAUGCACAGGAAAUCAGUUUGCAUGACCUGAACGUACUGCACGAUGGUUCUGAUUUUACGGGCCCUCUCCGCAUCCAUCUGCGUUCGGCCAUACCUAGGUUUAUUUUGCGUUACCGUUUACUUCAAGAACAGAUUUCUCGGCUUGAUCUGGCUGCAGGCGUUGAUGAGAAUGUUGCAGCAGAAGGAUACGCCCCUGCAGUUCAACAUGAUGCCGCGCCAGAAGCAGAUCAGCAUGAGGAAGAAGCUCAGCUUGAAGCAGAGCACCGUGAGGAAGAGGAUGCGGAUCAUCACGAUGAAGAAGGUGUAGAUCACCACGAGGAAGAAGCCCAACACAAAGCACUUCUCCUUGGCGACCAGAACGAUCUCGAUGGAACAGAAGGCGUUCAUGAGGCGAAAGUUUCUCUAGACCUACUCCAGGGUGAUGACACCCUUGCUAAGGACAUGGCUUUUAUCCCACAGGCUGUGGCAGAUGUUGCCUAUCACAGUGUUAGUGGCGACGUAGCACAGGCCCUUGAAGGAGAGGAUGAUUAUGAAGGCACGAACGUCGGCACAGAGUAUCAAGAAGAGGGCGAGGGCGAUCAUGACACCGCUGCCGUGCAUCAGACAGCGGAUACGGACGCUACUGCAACCGUUUCCGGCUUCAAUGUGCAGUUCGAAGGGGAGGAGGCCGAGUACCAGGAUUACAUACAACCAGAAGAAUAUGGCGAAAUCUAUGAAGACUUCCCCGAAGAGGAUGGCACACACACAGAAUUCGGAUACGAUCAAACGGUGGGUUAUGAAGACAGCGGCACAGCGGCUGUACCCACAACAGUAGAAGAAUCACAGACAGGUUUGCCUGUAUCUGACCUCCAUGAAGAAGAGACUACGCUAGUACCACCAGCACAACACAUCGACUCUGAGCCCGCUCAGAUAUCAGAAACAGGAGACCGAGGCAACGACGAAGACUUGGAUCAGCGCAGCGUUUUGGAUGAACGAGGAGAUCGUUUACCAUCAUACGGAGAGCAGAGCAGCCAUGGCACUGACAAAGAUCUUAUUGUAGAUCAGAAUACAGAUCAGCCCGAAUCGUCAGCGCAAUUCCCAACAGAUGAGUCGGAUUCUAAUUUACUUGCAAUGCUUGAACGCGAGGCUGAUUUUGAGCUAGAUCAUUCUUCCUCUCACACCAAUGCUAACCCCACAGAAGAGGGUGGCGGACACACUUUUCCAGUUUUGGAAGAGGAAUGGGAUGAAGAAUGGGAUGAUGAAUUAGAUGGUGAUGGCGAAAUCGAUGACGAAUGGCAGGACCCUGGCGACGCUGUGUCCAAUGAAAGCUCUGUGACUCUGUCCAGUAUUUCAUCUGCAAAACGCCAUCACGACGAGGUCGACCCCGAAGAAGGUGAACUUGAAGCUGGCACACCUCAUAGUUCACCGGAAAAACGACCUCGCAUGUAUUGA